CACCCAUCCACACAUCAAGACCAACAAAACCAGCAUCUAAAGCUUCAAUUUUCCCUGUCCCACACACUCGCCAUCACUCUAUACACCCACUGCAUACAUCUCCAGUCGCAACCAUGGCAGCAACUGACUCAGUCCCUAUCAUCAAGGUGUUAUUCACACUGCACGCUGGCAUGGACGCCUUGGACUUCGUGGGCCCCCUCGAGGUCUUGACCCAUGCCAGACACAACAUCAAUGAUGAAAGUAAGUACCGCACUUUCAUUGAAAUGAAGAAGAAAGAUGGGAAUAGCUUCAAGUCUGCCGUUUCGAGCUUUGGUUUACCCCGCAUUCGACUUCCCCGCAUUUUUCGCAUCCAUGGCAGCUCCACAACCACGACCCGAGCCUCAAUAGAGGUCAAUGCGGUCCAGUUCGUGCAUAUACUUCCUGUCUCGAUCUGCGAAUGUUUCAAUUUUACUUUCCUAGCAUCUGCGACUCUUGUUUCCUCUGCGGGCAUCUGCAACGCUUCUUACUUGUUCCCCUUGUCUGCCAGCCACUGUUUACAGCUCAUUAUCUGUGCAAUUACCUCUUACUUCUCACCCAAGCUUCUGCAAGCCGCCCCCUCACGAUCAUUUGCCGUUGAAUAGAACUUCAAACUAAUAUCUUCUCAACAGCCACCAAAGCCUUCUCCGCCUCCUUCGUCGCCGCCGAGGAACACACCGUCUCCGCCCAAGGAGCGAGCUUCCGCGCUCACAUGGACUACAAGGAAGCCUACACCCGUCUCUCCGAAUUCGACAUUCUGAUCGUCCCCGGCGGCGGCAGCGACGCAAUCCUCAAAUCCAAAUCCGAGCCCCUCGGCCUCAUCAAAGCCUUCUCCGACCUCCAAAAGAAACACCCCGACAAAGAACGUACCGUCUUCUCCGUCUGCACCGGCAGUCUCUUCCUCGCACAAGCUGGAAUCCUGUCAGGUCUCUCGGCAACCACACACCCCGACUUCUACGCGAAGUUCGAGAAGGUCUGCAGCGAGGUGUCGCAGCGUGAUUUGGCGGAGCGGUGUGAUGUUGUGGAGGAGAGAUACGUCGUGAAUAACUUGCGAUUCGACCUUGGUGAUCCAAAUGAGAACCCUUAUGUUCGCCGCAAGUCGGAUGCGAGACGUCCGUCGAUGGGUCGCAAGGGCAGCAAUGCGUGGAAGGAGAGUAAUGCCCGUCGCGAGAGCAAUGCUCGUCGUGCGGCGCUCCGUCUUGGUGGCUUGAGAGUCAUCACUUCGGGUGGGAUCACUUGUGGUCUUGAUGCCAGUCUGUACCUGGUUAGUAUUAUGGUGAGCGAGGACUCGGCCAAGGAGAUCGAGCGUGUGAUGCAGUAUGAAUGGAAGAAGGGCAUUGUGGUUGAUGGUAUUGACAUCUAAGGCGUACGGAGUUGCGUUACGUUGCGUUGCAACAAAAAAGAUAUCUGGUAUCGUUGUGCAUUGGGCAUAGAAAUACUACUGCUAGACCGAAUGGAAGCGAUUGCGUGGAUUUGAUACGAUCAUGAAUGGAACGGAUUAAAUGGUAUUUGGCUGGGGAAGUCAAGAUAUAGGCUAGAUAGCUUUUCUUCUCUUCCAAAUCUCAUCUCUUUGAACAAG